AAUCUUCACGUUCAACCACUGGAAGGCUGCUGGUUGAGACAGGGGCACGACAUGGCCAUCAAUCUGUCUGGUCAACACCCCAUCGUACGAGCUGAUGCCAAGCUCGAUGGAGAAGACAAGGAAGAAGAACGUAUUGCGGAUCAUGUCGAAGUGAGGUAG